AUGAUUCUAAUUGGCGUAACCUGGGGGCUACUAUUAACAUCUGGCCAACACUUUGAUCCAAAUGAAUUUACAACAGGUGACAUUGCCCCGCGAACUAUCCGUAGCACAUCACAACUUAUUAUCGAAAAUCCUGAAGCAACAGAACAAGCACGCCAAGCUGCAAUUGAUACUGUUUUACCAAUUGUCGACCGUCUAGAAAGCUUACCAGAAACAUUACAACAAAGAGCAUCUAAAGCAUUUAAGCUACUACAAACUCAAAAGCCUAUAGACAACGAGUUAAAACAACAACUAGAAAAAACAAUUGGCAGCCCAAUUGAUAAAAAGACAUACCAACGAUUACUAAAUAUUCAAAAUGAUGUACCUUUACAAGAAGCUAUUCAGCAAGGCCUAAUCCUUUUAGGAGAAACACGGGUAGCUACAGAACCACAAAAAUGGGAAGCUGCUUACCCUAACGGCGUACUUAUUCGAAGUAGUAACUCAUCAGAAAAAGAACCUCUAAAGCUUCUCCCAAUAGAAUACAAAACUGUUUUAAGCGCCUUACAAGCAGCAAAACGUAUUACAGAAAAAAUCGUUACACACACUCCUAAUUUAUCAGCUAAAGAGCGCCUGCUUUUAACGAAUUUACUAUCGCUACUCAUUCAACCCAACCUCCUACCAAACCCAAUCGAAACAGAAAAAGCACAAGAAGCUGCAAAAAACUCUGUAAAACCUGUCUAUUUCCAACUAAAACCAGGAGAAGUAAUUGUUCGUAGCGGCGAACGUAUUACAACUGUACAAGCCAAACAAUUAGUAGGACUACACCAUCAAAAAUCACAUUAUCAAGAACACGUUGCUAGCAUUGCUAAAAUACUUUUACUAAUCCUAGCCGUCUUUAUCUUGAUACCGUAUACAUCACAACCUAGGUGGCGUAACCUAGGUCACCCCCAAGAUCUUAUCUUUUUACUAGUAAUGACAGGUAUUGUCUUAAGUAUCAUCCAAUUCGGUCGCAACUUAACAGACCCACUGCUCUUAACAACAACCAAUUUGCCACGAGAGGCAAUCUUAUUAGUACUGCCAUAUGCAACAGUAGGCAUGAUAUUUCGUCUAUUUUUCCGCCCAAAAAUUGCUUUUAGAAUCGCUGUACUUUUUGCUUUUGCCCUAUCAUUAUUUAUUGAGCCGAUGAUCCUCAUUUUUCCUUAUACAUUAUUAGGUAGCUUAGCGAGCAUUCAUGUUUUAAGACAUAGCAAACAACGUAGCCAAUUUUACCGUUCGGGUUUUAUAGCUGGUCUUGUUCAAAGUGCUAUUUGGUUACUCUAUAGUUUGAUCGAAUCUUCAAUACCACUACCAGAAAUCAUGCGUGCCUUAACCUUAGCAUUUCUAGGUGGAAUCAUUGCUAGCAUCUUAACAGCAACACUAAUGCCUCUUUGUGAAUGGAUUGGACGCUAUGUUUCAGAAGUCCGUUUACUAGAAUUAGCCCAAGAUGAUCAACCAUUACUGAAAUGGUUACACUUAAACGCACCUGGCACCUUUAACCACAGUAUAUCCGUUGCAAGACUAGCAGAAUCAGCUGCCGAACAAAUUGGAGCUGAUGAACUUUUAACACGUGUUGGUGCAUAUUACCACGACAUCGGCAAAGGGUAUUGGCCUUCUUAUUUUGUCGAAAACCAACGAACCCAAAACCCUCAUGACAAACUAAAGCCCCAACUUUCAUCGCGUGUCAUUAUUGCUCAUGUAACACAAGGGGUUGAACUAGCACGUAAAAACAACUUACCUUCUGUCAUCACUGACUUUAUUUUGGAACAUCAUGGGACAUCACGUGUCGAAUACUUUUACAAUCAAGCCAAAGAACAACAUAGUGAAAAAGAAGAUAUCACCGAUGAUACAACCUAUCGUUACCCUGGCCCUAAACCCAACUCAAAAGAGACUGCACUAGUUAUGCUUGCAGAUGUUGUUGAAUCAGCAACAAGAACAUUAGAUAAUCCAACACCAGACCGUAUCUCUGCCUUUGUUUCGCGACUUAUCGAAAAAAUAUAUGCUGAUAACCAAUUAGACCAAGCUCCUUUAACGUUAAAGGAUUUGAGCAUUGCAAAAAAAGCUUUUACAGACGUUUUAACAGGUAUGUAUCACCAUCGUAUUGAUUACCCAUUAGGGUUAAAACCAGGUGAUAAACGUGCUGAAGAAACGGUAGCUUAA